AUGGACUCCGGCGCCUCAACCGUCGAAUCGCAACAGUCUUAUCCCCAUUCCCCCACAAACGUUAGGUCAAGCAAGUCGCCGCCUAGGCCCUCGCCACCAGACAGGGCAACCAAAGCGGCCCCCCCCAACUCGGCCCCUGCCUCUAAUCUAGCCUCACCUCGCCACGACGCCACCGUGACUGCAAUAGCGACAGCCUCGCCGGUGCCUGGUGCCACCACUGCGGACACCUCGCUAGACGCCGCAGCUACCAACAUCACUGUCCCCGCUGGUACCGGCAGUGCUGCCGCCGCCUCUACUACCUCUAACUCCAACGGAUUGCAGCUCACUUCUCCCGUCGACCUGCUGCCUUACUCGUACUGGAUCCCGCAUCAGUCCAACGUCUACUACGCGCAGCUGUUGCAGUAUAACAAGCUCAUCUCUCCAACUCGAGGUGGUGGCCUGCAGGCAGCCCCUCUCCCGCCAGUCGUGUCAGCCUCCAACGCCCAGGCCGGUCCUCGGUCACGGUCCUCUAGCAAGGUAUCGCUAAAGGACAGCAACUCUUCUGCCAAGGCUCACGCUACUGGGGGCCAUGGGAAUCGAUCAGCCCACAUAUCCGACAGACACCGCACCGUCGUAACCCCCAGGGAGACUCCUACGAGCAAGAUGGCUUCUAAAAAGACGCAGUCACAGGCCCAGGCGUCUGACUUGAUCAAGAACCGGAAAACACCCGCCACUGGCCCUUUGUCACAGACACAACCGCCUCAGGCCUUCUCUCAGUCGAGUUCGGUACCUUCGACCCCGCACCAACGUGCUCGACAAUUUUCCUUGGGUUCCCGCGAGCCGUCCCCGACCGAGAAUACGAAUAAUCAUUCGCCACGAUCUGCCUACAGCGAGACGACUUCUAUGCGACCUUCAGCACCCCCUCGCCAGGGCGGUUGCAUCUACGAGACGUCUCAAAUCAACUCAAGGAGACGGAUGCCAUACUCUAUAGGCUCUGAUCGACUGGAAAAACUGCCGCUUGGUAAGAUCAAGGGCAAGUUGACAGAAGAGGAGGAGCGAAAACUGGCUACCGAUAUGCGCGAGGUUUAUGACAGGUUACUGCCUAGCGACAGUGUCCAGGAGAAGCGCCAGAAGCUGGUACAAAAGUUGGAAACAAUCUUCAACGAGCGGUGGCCAGGUUACGAGAUCAAAGCCCACCUCUUUGGUUCCUCGGGCAAUCUGCUGUGUUCAGAUGACUCUGAUGGUUCGUACUUAUUGGCACUCACAUACAAAGCCAGUUUGUGGUCUCGACUAACCUUGGACGGAACAGUUGACAUUUGUGUCAUCACAAACUGCAAGGAGAUGGAAGGCGUCUGUCUUAUUGCCGACCUGCUAGCACGGCGUGGCAUGGAAAAGGUGGUGUGCAUCUCAGCAGCCAAGGUCCCAAUUGUCAAGAUAUGGGAUCCUGAGCUUAGCUUAGCUUGUGAUAUAAAUGUCAACAACGCCUUGGCCAUCGAGAACACCAGGAUGAUUCGAAUCUACAUCGAGACGGACCCGCGAGUCAGACAGCUUAUGAUGAUAAUCAAGCACUGGACACGGAGACGUGUCAUCAAAGACGCUGCGUUUGGUGGUACCCUGAGCUCAUACACCUGGAUAUGUCUCGUCAUUGGCUUUCUGCAGCUCCGCACUCCGCCUGUUCUCCCAGCCCUUCAUCAGCUCCCUCACCGGAAUCCAAGACCCAACGGAACUAAUGGCGAGUUUGCGGACAACCUCAAGAAGCUGCGCGGGUUCGGGAGCAAAAACGAGUCAUCGGAAGCGGACCUCUUGUUCCAGUUCUUCCGAUUUUACGCACAUGAGUUCGACUAUGACAAAUAUGUAUUAUCCAUACGGCUGGGGAACAUGAUACCGAAAACGGACAAGUAUUGGCAAUAUGCGGCUAACAACAAGCUCUGUGUGGAGGAGCCCUUCAACACAUCACGAAAUCUCGGCAAUACUGCCGACGAGUACUCAUUCAGGGGCCUUCACAUGGAGCUUCGCCGCGCUUUUGACCUCAUUUCCGAGGCCAAGUUUGAUGAGGCCUGCGAGCAAUUUGUCUUCCCCAAGGAGGAGGAGCGCGUGUUUACCAGGCCACCAAACCAACCCCGCCCGGCUCUGCUUCGGAGCGCAUCCCAGUCGAACCACGGCUCUGGUCGAGGUGGUCGGGGAGGCCACCGUGGUGGGCGCCACCAGAACCACCAUCGUGGCGGAGGAGGCCCUAACCGGCGGACGGCCUCGACUGUGACGACGCAGGAAAAUAUGUACCCGACAAUGCCGCAGGACCUUGCCUGGUACACAGGAACGCCUUAUGGAAUUCAGUAUUCCCAGGACCUUCUUGCAUAUCUGCAACAGGAGAGCUAUCGUCAUAUGCAGAUGUACUCGUCCACGUCCAUGUUUGGUCAGCAGCAGCAGCAGCAGCAGGGUAUGAGUGCGCAGAUGGCUGGGCCCAACUCGAGCCCUGGCCAGGGACAAGCAUCAGACAGAUCUCGUACCAACUCGUUUGACAACCAACCACCGAUGGCGGCUCCACUACGGCCGGAGCUGUUCGCGCUGUACGGCCUGACGCUGAACUCGCCCAUGUUCGCACAACAGGCACAUGCAACAUACGCACCGUACGCAGCAACACCGCCCACUAAUGUCGCCACCACAAAUAGCACCGGCCAGGAGUAUCGGCGGCCCUCAGAGCGGUCCGCAGCGGCAACAGACAGAGGUGCUGCGGCCUCGAGUAGCUCGCUUAGGUCACAGUCUCAGCCCGCGGCACGAUCUCCGUCAACGAUGCAGCCCUCCUUGCCCGGACAGCAACUCCCCAUCAGCCAGUCUUUUGCCGGUACUUCUACUAUGGGCACUAGGAGCUCCAACGGAGCUCCAACGCCCACUGGAAACGGGACGUUGGGCUCGGCAAACUUGCAGCCGCGGAAUCCCAGCCGACCUCUCGUUGUAAACGGAUCAUCCCUCAAGGCGAGCAUGUCCGCUUCAAACCGCCCACCGGCCCCCUCUGAGCCGACACAUGAGAGCCCGUCGCCGACCAAUGGGUAUUCCCAGCAUGUUUCGGAAAUAAACGACAAAAACGCUAAUCAACCAAACCUCGAAGUUGCAGAGGCGCAGCCAACGCCAACCACUGCUGAGCAGAAUCCCACCGCUGUUGGCGGACGAAUGGUCUAUGCAGGGGCGGAUGAGGCGUGCUUUCGCGAGCGCAUAGCCAUGAUGAAUGCUCAGUUCAUGAACGCACAAUUUCUUGGGCAGCCUAUGUCAAUCAUGGGGAACGGACAGCAACCGUUGCAGCCGAUGCAGCAUGGCAUGUCGGCCUGGCCACCACAGAGUGCCGCCAUAGCACCUCUAGACCUCGCAGUGUCUGGUGAAGGCAGCGUGCGAAAACCCAAUGGCACUGACGGGCCUCUCCUGUCCCCUGUAUACGAAAACACGACACUGCCCGCAACAAGUUUUCGGAAGUCUGGCAAACAAGAAUCCCAGGCGUCAUCAGGGUGGGCUGGUGCUGUCAAGCAGAAUCUGCAACCGGAUGAGCAGAGGGCACGCCUACAGGACAUGAUGGACAAGCCGAAGAACCCGAGAGCAGGCACUGCUCAGACAUGGGCUGCCGUCUCGACUUCGGCUCCUGCUCUGGCUCCGACUCUGACUGUGGGACCUAAGGGCAACCCGGGACAUGUCCGCGGCGCCAAGAGUGAGAGCGAGGGAGGGUGGCAAAAGGCUGGCAAAGGAAAAAAGAAGGGGACAGUAGCCAACAGCACCACAACUACCAACGCGCAGCAGGGCCACGCAGAGGUACCCCCCAAGAACACAUCAGAGCGCAAGGGGGGUUAA